UCUUCUAGUACCUCUACAUACAAACACUCACUUUUACUUUUCCACCAUCGUCACUCAAACAAAUCCCGCUCUCGCCUCGUUCCACACAACCUCGCGCCUCGCCCCAUCUCCUCAAUUGACACGCAUCGAAUACGAUGGCAGACCCGCAACCCGCGCCGGGCGGUCUCUCCUUCCCGACGAAUCCCCAGGAGUUCGAACUCGACGAACGCAUCUCCUUCUCCAAGCUCGACAGCAAGUACAUCGCCGUCCAGGACGACGGCAGCGAGUUCGAGUGGGACGCUCAGCUUAGGCGGUGGAUCCCUGUGCUCGACGAGGAGCUGCUUGCCCAGCAGCAAUCGGCGUACGGUGGUGCGGCGAGCCCAGAUGACAAUGAGGGCAAUAGCAGUAACCUACCCAAUAAGAAGCGGAAGAAAGGCCACGCGAACGGCGGAGCCGGCGAUCGGGGUGUAGGAGGAGGUGAUGGAAAAGAAGGAGCGAGAGACCGGCCACGGCCACAGAAACGGCAGAAGCAGCCGCCGCAGCCGCGCCAGAACACGGCGAUCUACGUGACGGGGCUACCGCUCGACGUGACGGUCGACGAGGUGCACGAGGCGUUCUCGCGCAAGUGCGGGGUGAUCGCGGAGGAGAUCGACAGCGGGCGGCCGCGCGUGAAGCUAUACACGGACGAGGCGGGGAACUUCAAAGGCGACGCGCUGGUCGUCUUCUUCAAGCCGCAGAGCGUCGAUAUGGCGAUCAUGCUCCUCGACGACACGGACUUCCGGUUCUCGGCCUCGGGGCUCGCAAGCGGGCGGAUGCGUGUUCAAGCUGCGGAUUCGAGCUACAAGAAGACGCAUUAUGAACGUGAGGGCGGCGAGGAGGGUGCGGGUGGGAAUGGCAAGGCUGAGGGGGAAAGCGAGCGGAGUAAUCAUAUCACCGGCGCUGGGAAGCCGCGCGAUAGGACCCGCGAGCAGGAUAAGCAGAAGAUCAUCAAGCGCACGCAGAAGCUCGAUGCGAAGCUUGCGGAUUGGGACGACGAUGAGGAUCCCUACGGGGCACAGCUCGAGACGGCGGCGCGGCGUGAUCGAGUCGUUGUGUUACGACACAUGUUCACGUUGAAGGAGCUAGACGAGGACCCGGCCGCGAUGCUGGAGAUUAAAGAGGAUAUCCGCGAGGAGUGCUCCAAGCUUGGGGUUGUGACGAAUGUGAUAUUGUACGAUUUGGAAGAGGAGGGCAUCGCGAGCGUCAAGUUCAAGACUCCGGAGGCGGCUGAGGCGUGUGUGAACUUGAUGGACGGCCGCGCGUUUGAUGGUCGGACGGUCCGAGCUACGAUAGCGACGGGGCGUGAGACGUACAAGAAGUCUGGUAAGAAGCAGGAUGAAGACAUCGAGGGUGAGGAUAGUGACGGUUGAACUUGGAGCUCGUGCUAAGAGCAGAAAAAAAUGAUAGAGGGUGAUGGUCUCUGGACUAUGUGUGUGCAUUAUGUAUGAUGACUAAGAAAAUAGUCACGAUGUACGAUUGCGAUUAAGUGUGCAUUUGGAGGGCGGGCAUGAGUGCUGAUUCCAUGCGAUGGCAUUACAAAAUGACUAGAAAGUUCCCAAAACAUGCUUCUCGUAGGUAAAAAGAGAUUCUACGUGGGCGGUUGGGUGGUUGGGAAUACCUUCAUAGCUAGGUAAUCAAGCAUAUUUCCCUA